CUCAAUUUUGCUCGUUAAUAGAAGCUUAUGACUUUCGUUUUAUUUUGUAAGCCAGUGUUAGCGUUUCUUUCCUUUUCACCAUAAUAUUCAAUCUUGCAUAUAGCCACCCCAUGCAGACGUCUAUGUUUUGAACCCUCGCACGUGGUCUUCCUUUGUGGUAUUGGUGCGCAGUUGCUAUCGGCACGUGGCGAAGAAAAUGUUUCGCCUCUGUUUUUCCCAAACUCUGACAGGUUUUCGCCCCCUUCGCGGAGGGAAACUGUAAAACACGCACACGGACAAAGACACGACAGUGAUAACAUGACACUUGCAGGAUUCGUUUCUCCAUGGUGGGUUAUUUUUUCGCGUAUCGAUAUGGCAGUAGCUUCGGUGGGUGAAAAUUUUUGCUUUAGUGAAAAAUUUCCGCAAACUUUUGAACCGAAUCAGAUUUGAUUGCGAUGUGUGAUUCACGAGUGGUCGCUCUCAAUACGGAAAUGUUAAACAAUCAGUUUAAUGGAAGUGAUGUGAUGGUCGAAUAGAAUAGGAAAAACUAAGCUGAAUCAAUUUUUCUUCACAACGAUGGAUUGUUUCACAGAAUAGACAAACUAUUUUGUCCCAUUCCCGACCAAACAGUUCACGAAAAAUGUAAAAUAAGUAGUGAAAAUCGUUUUUUACUGUUAACCACUAGUAUAAAGUGAUUGUGAAGUUCAAAGAUAGCAAAGGAAAAGUUCUUCACAAUGUCCUCCGAUGGCAGUAGUUCAUUUUUCGGAACUUGGGAGAUCACUGAAUCUCAUCUUGACGGGACGGCAGAUAAGCUGGGACUGGAUGGGAUCAAGUUUCGACUGGACGAAAUGGGAGACAUCAUCUGGUAUAACGAUUUGGUUAACACAAACCAAAUCUACGACGAUCAAAAGAGAGCGAGCUUCGAAUCUAGCUUCUGCCCAAUCAACGAUUCGGCUACUGUACUGUUCAGCUGUGAGACAUUUGAAGUUCUUGAACUAAGCUCCAACGGGCCGGGCUUGAUAUUCGGAUCCUACACGGGCCAUAGCAUUGAGUUUCUAACCAACACACGGAAUCCGACCGACCGUAUGCUGUUGAAGUGCGAAGGCUGGUGCCAACUGAUGUGCAAACGGGUGAAGGAUGACCAAUCGAUAGGGCAGGAAAUCCCGUUCACACUGCUAUCGGUUCUAGAUGAUGGCAAUUUCUGUGAUGUAACGCUUAAAAGCUGCGAUAAUGUGAUUUAUAACGUUCACUCGCCGAUACUGCGCUUGAACGGCUUCGACUGCAGUAGCGUAACAGCUGCAUCCGUGUAUCAGAAUCUUACGACCGAUCGAUCUCAUCCACCGUUAAUGAAAGUGUGCUCAGUACCAUGCGCUAAAUCGCCGAAAACGUCAACCCAACAUAUCAGCCAACGGCCUAGCCCGACUGCAACUAGCAAUUUCCUGCUUCCACCAUCGUUUGACGUGUACAAUCUAUCGCCAAAACUUGCCAACAUCUCCAACUCUUUCAACUGCCUAACGGCAAACGAUUCGAUCUUCCUGGAUGUGCCCAAAAAACAUCACGUAUUCUCAUCCGAUUCCAACCUGAACUCCGAUCGGAAUAUAUUCUUCUUCCCCGCUCCCAGCACCCUUUCCGCCAUCCAUGAUCCGUUUCAACGCACGGGAAAGUUCAAAAUUCCUGCCUCGCCGUUCCGUGCACGCAGUCCCUCCCCUUUCCCGUGCUCCUUAGACACGCCCCCAUCUUCUCCUCUAACACCUCUCUCGGUGUUGAACAACAUUCCCUCAAAGAUGCUCUCCACCAUAUUGCACUGGCUGUACUGUGAAAGUCUUCCCGAUGAUCUAGACGAGGAAACGUGCACCAGUUUGAUAGCAAUGUGUGAAAGCACGACUCCGUUGAGUCGGAUGGCCGGACCAUGCAAAAACUUCCUGCGCAAUAUUCAGCUGAAGAAGUUUGUUAUCGACGUGGUUUCCGAUCUGCACGAUAGUUUAAACCACGUGAUUCAGAUGGUGAACCCCAGUACGAUUUCUCACAGCCCAUGCGUUUUGUGCCAGAUAUUCAAGGAAGGGUUUAAAGAAUCACUCAUAGCGAUCGUGAAGCUCAUCCAAUUCUGCAACAUCUUCACUAAAGAUGCCACCACCUUCACACGUUUCCAACGGCACGAGAUCAUCAAAUAUGUUCGCUCUCGGACGCCAGUAUUCCUGUCGCAAGUUCAUCAGCUGCUUCAGAACAUCAACGUCGUGCUGUGUUCGUUGACAAACGAGGAGAAAAACGAUUUGGUAUCGUACUUGGUACCGGAAAUCAUCUACGCCCUGGAGGUGCUGGCAGCGUCCGUAUCGGAAAUCAAAAACUCCCUGGAGAUUGUGUGCAAGGACCUCAAAACGACUCCGGAUAUGUGUGGAAACUCGGGUGGUUCAUCCAGUGGCAUGCGAGACGGACGAUCAGGACGAACCCGAACGCGUAGUUCUUCCGGAUACUCCAGCAGCGUUGGCCAACCAGCAACUAGUCCCUCAAGCGGCACGAGCGAAUCCCGGUUCAACCAAAACUCCGAAAGUGAUCUCAAAUUUUUCCUAUACAUGUAUGAAGUCAAGAAAAUGCGAGACAUUUACGGAAAAGUUUGCGGCGCCUUGGAAUUCAUACUUCGAUCCCGAGCAUCGUUCAACGAAAUGAAUCACCUGCAUCAGCAUGAAACUGUCAGAUCGAAUCUGGAGCAGAUUACUCACGAGGUGCCGAUCUACAUUGCGCGAUUGGAGGAACUGUGUGAUAUCAUCGAUGAAAGGAUUGGAUGGAAGGAGUUCAAGUUUUGCUUCAAGUUCCUGACAAGUCAGGUGAAUGGGAUCAUCACGAAACUCCUGGAGCACAAGUCUGCCUUACACGAUGCGAUGUUGUAUGUGUCUAACUUGGUACAAAAAGAACAAUUCACCCGUGCCCUGCUAGAGUUAGGUCUGCUAGCCCAUCAAAGCAUAGAUAGUGGUGGAUAUGGUGAUCCUCGGCCAUGUCCAAGCAGAUACCAGGAUUACAGCAGCACUAAGCUAAAUUUGGUGCAAAGUCUGUGCGAACCACCCUCCGCUAUCAACAGUAGUCUGUCGAAGAAUGCGCUAAAAUUGCUACACUCAGGCCAACUGGCAGACAUGGAGUUUGAAGUCGUGGUUUCACCCACUGACUGUCAGAAUGAAAACAUAACCUUUGACUUUAGCCCGGACGAUGCCCUACUGCAGAAUGACAGUGGUGCUGCCGUUUGUGGAACACCCGUCAAGAACCAAUCUCACACAUUUAAAGCCCAUAGAGUUAUAGUUGCCGCCCGUUGCGAGUGGUUCAAGAAGGCUUUGCUGUCCGGAAUGCAAGAGGAUAUUAAUAGGAAAAUUGUCAUUCACGAUACUUCACCUGUGAUAUUUCGAAGAUUGCUCCUGUACCUCUAUGGGGCACCGGUUGACAAGUCCGUUGGGGUAGACCAAAUAUGUGAAUUAAUGCUGUUGGCUGAUCGGUACUCAGUGGAUAAUUUGAAAGAUAUCUGUGAAAAUACCUUAAUAGCGUCAAUCGACUGUGACUCGGUGAUCUACCUGUUUGGCAUAUCGGAUCGCUUCAAUGCCUCUUCGUUGAAAGCAAGCUGUCUAUCGUACCUUUCGCAGCACACUGAAUUGACUAAGCUGGAUAUAUUCAAUGAACUGCCAGGAUAUCUUCAGAAUGAGGUGCAAGACUUGAUCAGAUGGUGUGGUCGCGUGCCGGAACCCUGGAGCGAACGAUCUGACCGUACCAGGCGGAGCCUAAAGAGCCCUUCGAGAUCCAAGUCGUCACGAUCGAGGAAAACUUCCCCUUCGUUUAUGUGACAAUGAUGUGUGGAGCGAAUAAUGUUGCCCACGAGGGUGCACUGACUGUCUCUUAAACUCUGAAAGCACUUGUUCUCUCACAUCUCUUGACUGGAAAAAUAUUACUGUGAUGUGUCGUAGUUUUAAGGCACGAAAACGAACGAAGCAUGUAGCCGUCGGUAAUGCUAGCAAGAAACUUACGAAAGCGUAUUGUAAAGUCAAAAUCAUCUCGAUGCAUUUUCUUUAGCUUUUUACCUGUUGCAAGGAAUUUUGUAGAUAGUAAUCAUUUUUUCCAAUUCAAAACAAGAUCUUCAUUACCGAAACAACUAUAUCGGAAGAUGUAAACUCCUGUAAUGCAAACAUUUUAGUCUUUCAAUACUGUAAUAUAGAAUUCAACGCAGUAAGAAUAGAGUUUAUCACACAAGGUCUAAUUAGUUUAGAAUCUUUGUUUGCCUUUUAAAAACUAUAGAAAAAAAUCUUCCAUGUUCGGCAUGAUUGUAUCUCCUUGAGACAAGAAUGUCCUUCAUGGAAGUGAUAUCUACAAGCAUUUCGAUAUUUCCGGUUUAAUUAAUGUAUUCGUAAUCAAAUGUGUGUACGAAAAUAACCUUAAGGCAUUAGCAAUGAUCGAUAUUACUUUAUUCAUUCUUAGUUAGAUUGAAUUAACAACAAUGCAUUUUCAGAUAAUAUAAACAAUGCAAGUUUGAUAAUAUAAACAUUUUAUCCUUUUUUGCUGUUCUAAAGCAUCUUGUGUAAAAGUAUCUAGGCGAUUUGUUAGGUAAGAUAUUAUAGUAAAAAACUAUUGUGUUUCUAUUGUAAACAACUUUUAGUUAUAAUCUAUGGCAAGUCAAAAUGAUUAGAAAAAAAACAGUGAGUAAUGCGACGAAACUGGAUUCAUUUCACUAUUUUAAAUGUUAAAAUAAUAAAAACAAGAUUCUUUGACACUGUCACUACGUGCGUAUC